AUGAAGACGGUAGUUGGUGAUGGAGGAAUUUUAUCUUUAAAAUUUACUUUUCUUGUUGUACAUCAUCGGUAUGACGACGAAAGUCAUUUGAUCUUAGUACGUUGUACAAUUAGCAAGCAAAUGAUAAAUUUCAAAGUAUGUAAAGCAUUAAAUAAUGAUUUAGUUGAGUGCAGCUGCAGGCGAUAUGAUUGA